AUGUGGAUCUACGUCAUAGUGGCAAUGGUCAUCACUAGCAAAGUCAGUCCAUUUGAAAUGAACGAGACUGAAGUGGACGACGUCACGAAGGAAUUAAACGAUGGUGCCGACGCGAAUUCAAACAGAACGAAGCGCUUUCUCGGAGGAGGUGGUGGUGGAUUCGGUGGUGGAGGUUUUGGCGGACUCGGAGGUGGAGGUCUCGGUGGAUUCGGUGGAGGCGGUGGAUUUGGCGGCGGUGGAUUUGGAGGUGGCGGAUUUGGAGGUAGUAGCCUUGGAGGUGGCGGAUUUGGAGGUGGUGGUCUUGGAGGUGGCGGAUUUGGAGGUGGCGGCCUGGGAGGUGGUGGAUUUGGAGGUGGUGGCGCUGGAGGAGGUUGCUGUGGCUGCUGUGGGUGCUGCUGUUGUGAGUUUCCGCCCGCACCGCCAAUUCACGUUCCAUGUCCAGUACGUGUUCAAGUUCCAGUUCCUUGCCCAGUGAAGACUCCGGUGCCCAUAAGAGUUCCGCAACCUGUACCAGUACCAUGUCCACAACCGGUGCCAAUAAUUCCAUGUCCAGUGCCUUGUCCUGAGCCAGUACCUUGCCCGAUACCUGAGCCAGUACCAUGCCCGGUGCCCGAGCCUUGUCCCGUACCAGUGCCUUGUCCUGUGCCGGUGGUCUGUCCUCCACCACCGUGCUGUUGUCCUACACCUUGUUGUUGUCCUUCACCUUGCUGCGGCUGCGGCUGCUGUGGAUGA